GCCGGUGAGUAAUCUUUUAUGGCCCCUCCAUGUCUAUCUGUAUUUCUAGAAUAUUCGAUGCAAUAUUUCCAAACAUCUUUUAUAAACACACUCGACGUACAAGAAUAACGGUUACUGCGUUUUAAAACAGUAGCAAAAUUCGUCCGAUUUGCGCAUUCACACGCUGUUUAACAAAGUUGAUAACAGAUACAGGUUUGCGCAUAAUUAUUGCAUGAACUGCAACAACAAAAAUGUGCGAAAUAAUCAAAUUCGCAGAGUUGCUAAUGUAUGGUGGAACUACUCACUAUAAAGUUAUCUUUUGCUUAUCAUGAUUGUCAAAGCAUGUAAAAAAUAUUACGUUUAUUAUUGUCAGUAGGUGGUUUACAAUCGUGCACAUAAAACCAAAGGAAUGGAAAAAGUACUUGUAAUACUAUCUAUAAUAUCUUUACUUAAUACGAUAGCGGCUUUGAUCUUAGCACCAGUAAUACCUCAACAUUUAAAGUCCUUAGGAGCGUCAACUUUUCAAAUUGGGCUGUUUAAUGCGGCAUUUGCUGGCGUUCAAGUUUUAACAGGUCCUGUUGUUGGAAGUUGGAGCGACAUAAAAGGAAGAAAGUUCGUUUGGACAUUGACGUACUGCGUCGCAACAGUAAGCAUCAUCAUAUUAGGUCUGACUACCUCACUGCCUUUACUUUUCCUGAUCAAUAUAGUAUUAGCCAUUUUCGAACACAGUCCGACACUAAGUAAAGCAUUGGUUGUUGACAAAUGCCAUAAAGACAUGCUCGCGGACGCAUACGGAAGCAUGGGCGCAGUUUCUUCGUUGGGCGUGAUCAUCGGACCUAUUUUCGGGGGACAUUUGAUUGAUCGAGAUAAUGGAUUCCUUUACGUGUGUAUGUGCACGUGUUUUUUACAUUUCGUUAAUAUAAUCAUCAUUCAAACGUUAGAAGAAAACACCCUCAAGACAACUGUUUUUAGUUGGAAAAAUAUGAAGAAGGAGACUAAUAAAAUAUUUAGCGAACUGGGAAGAGUAAAUUGGAAAGAAUUGUGGCCACUCUUCUUUCUUAGGUUUGUUGUGAGCUUUACUAUGACUGUGGUGUUCACAUACCAAAUUCUAUACAUGAAGGACAGUUACGAUUUACCACAAAAAUCAGUCGGAUAUUACGUAGCAUAUCUUGGUGUUCUUAGCGCUAUUUCAUAUGGUCUCACUGGUUGGAUAAAAAAAGUGUAUUGCUCUAAUAGUGGGAAACUGCAGUUCCACAUGUUCGUAAUAAAUACCGUUGGUUUACUUGGAGUGCAUAUCGCACCUACGUUUGAAGCUUUGCUGUUGGCUACAAUCCCACUUGCCUUUUCAAGUUCUAUCCUAACGAUAACUACACUGGACGGGAUAGUAGAAAAGUCUAUAGAUAGUGAUCGGGGGGUAAUGACUGGCGCCUCGGAAAGUGUUUUAGGUAUAGGCAGAUGCCUUGCCCCGUUAGUAAUGGGGAUCGUUGCGGAUCUGUUUCAUGAAAGAUUGGUCACAGCCGUUCCGAUACUAUUCUCAGUGUUAGCAAUGUUUUUGUGUAUGAAAAUGAAACACCUAGACAAACAUAGAUUUCUUCCUCAUACAACACCGUAACCCUAAGGAAACUCCGUUGAAAAUAUGACCCAACAUUUUCGAUAUGCCGAAAUUUAAACGUUUGCAGCGAAAUUAUUCCAUUAUUUGCUGAUUUUUAAACGAGCGGUUUUCAGCCAAGGCUGCUCUAGAAAUUCAACCCAACACAUGUUUACAAUAAUUUAUGCCCAAACUCGGAUUCGAACCAGCAACCUUAAUCGAGCAUCUAGGUACCUAACUACAAGAAAGCCACCAGUGACUAGUGUGCGCCUUGGUCCUGCACUCAGGUUCGACACUAUGAAUAAAAACAGUUUUACGAAAAAUAGUCAAGGUUUGUCGCAAGAUUAUUUUAUCUAAACAGCGUAUCGUAUGCCUGACUUCAGUCCGAAUGACAUGCUUCCCUUCCCAUCACCCAUGUCAGAAGUAUAUAUUUAGUAUCAUCGUUGAGUGGUAUCAUUGUAUGUUUUUGCAUA